GCUUACUAUGACGUCUGACGGACGAUUAGCUACGGGAGUGGGGAAAUUACACGUAUAAAACGAUCCAAGGACCGUUUUGUACGACGAAUUUUCAAUCAAUGAACUAAGAAUUAAAGUCGAUUUUUUUACAGAAUAAAGUAUACUUACGAAGAAAUAUAAUGACAGAGAAAACCUCAUUCUGUGGCUACAAGCACGAAACCGAAGCAGAUGACUUGGCGUGCCAAUUGGAGAGCGUUGGUUUGAGCAAACGGAAAGGCAGAGGCGGCGUUGAUUCGGGUUUAACGCACGAGUGCGGAGUUUUCGGGGCGAUAGGAUGCGGAGAAUGGCCGACGAAUUUGGAAAUUUCCCAGAUCAUUUGUUGGGGACUAGUGGCACUUCAACACAGAGGUCAGGAAUCGGCGGGCAUAGUAACGAGCGAAGGCAGAUGCUCGAAGUCCUUCAACGUCGUCAAAGGCAUGGGAAUGAUCAGUAACAUCUUCAACGACGAGGCGAUCAGGAAAUUAAAGGGCAGCAUCGGCAUCGGACACACCAGGUACUCCACCAGCGCCGCCUCCGAAGAGGUCAAUUGUCAACCGUUCGUCGUUCACACGGCCCACGGGGCCCUGGCUGUCGCUCACAACGGCGAAUUGGUCAAUUGCGAUAGUCUCCGGAGACAAGUACUGGAACACGGAGUGGGCUUAUCCACGCAUUCGGACAGCGAGCUGAUCACGCAGGCGCUGUGCCUGAAUCCGCCGGAAGGAGAGCCGAAUGGCGAGCCCGAUUGGCCGGCCAGGAUCAAGCACUUCAUGGCUUUGGCGCCGUUGAGUUACUCGUUGGUUAUCAUGCUGAAGAAUAAGAUAUACGCGGUGAGAGAUCCCUACGGAAACAGGCCGCUCUGUUUGGGAAAAAUUCUACCCGUCAACGAACCAUUGGACGGUGACUGCGACGAAAGCAGAGAGGCCGAAGGCUGGGUGGUGUCCUCCGAAUCGUGCGGUUUCCUCUCGAUCGGCGCCCAAUACGUGCGCGAAGUGUUCCCCGGCGAAAUCAUCGAAAUGACGCGUCACGGCGUCCGCACCAUCGACGUCGUCGCGAGGCCGGAGGACAAGCUGCAGCAGGCCUUCUGCAUCUUCGAGUACGUCUACUUCGCGCGGGCGGACAGCAUCUUCGAGGGCCAGAUGGUGUACGCGGUGCGCAUGCAAUGCGGCAAGCAAUUGGCCAUCGAGCAUCCCGUCGAGGCGGACAUCGUCGGCGCCGUGCCGGAGUCGGGCAACGCGGCCGCUCACGGAUUCUCCAGGCAGAGCGGGAUCAGAUUCGCCGAGGUGCUGUGCAAAAACAGAUACGUGGGACGUUCAUUCAUUCAACCCAGCAAUCGCCUGAGGCAGCUCAGCAUCGCCAAAAAAUUCGGUGCGUUGGCCGGUAGCGUUAAAGGAAAAAAAGUGGUACUGAUAGACGAUUCGAUCGUACGAGGCAACACCAUAGGACCGAUAAUCAAGCUGCUGAGGAACGCCGGAGCUAAAGAAGUCCAUAUUAGAGUGGCGAGUCCGCCAUUAAAGUAUCCCUGUUACAUGGGCAUCAAUAUACCGACCAGAGAGGAACUCAUCGCGAACAAGAUGAAUUCGCACGAGCUGGCUCGACACGUGGGCGCUGACAGUUUGGAAUAUCUAUCGCUGGAAGGAUUGAUCAAAGCUGUGAGAUCCGAUAUAAAAACGAAAAACGCUCACACGAAAGUCGGUCAUUGCACGGCUUGUUUGUCGGGCAUUUAUCCGGGCGGCGUUCCCAACACGAAUUCCGAUUUCGAUUGGUGAAGAAGAAAUUUUCUUUUUUCGAAAACUAAGUUUCGAAUUUGUGUUUAAAUUAUUUAUUAAGCAGCGUUAAUGUCGUUUGUUGAUACGUAAUUUAUUUAAAAUUAAGUAAUAGGUGUAAAUUAUACGAAUUAGGUGAUAUAAAUAUUUAUAAUGUUAGCGUAAAUAGAACUAAAAAUAACUAGAAAAAAUAAUUCAAUUAUCGUGCAUAAAUUACUUAAUUUAGUUUUUUAUAAUAACAAAUUUUCUUGUUUACGAAAUUUUCCAUUUCUGUAUAGUGCAUAAUAAUCUUUUGAUCAAAUUGUUGAUUAAACAUAAAUUAGUUAACUAAGUGAUAUGAUACUUAUCGAUAAUAAUUUAAGAAUAUGUUUGUAUUUUUUAUUUUUGAUAAAUUAACAACA